CCUCGCAAUCGGGCAGCCUCGCGCGCGGCGUGCGGCGCGGCAACGGGUGCUCGCGAAGCGCGAUCCAUCGCUGCGGUCGCCGCAUCAGUCGCAGGCGCCGUGCCGCCCCUCAAAACGCUCCGUAGCGGGCAGCAUAGCAGCGAGACGCCAUCGCCGCGCGCCACGAUGAUGCGCCUCGCACUGAUAGCACUCCUCCUAACCACAACGAGCGCCUACGACCCCGUCAUCGCCGCGCAGAUGGACGCCGAGGACGAAGAGAAGAACAAGCCCGGCGGCGAGUACGACGUAGAGAUCAGAGAAGCUCUGUUAGCAGCAGGGUUCCCCUACGAGGAAGGAGAUUUGGUGCCCGAGCCCUACGAGAACAUCGAGCCCGAGCCCUGUUUAUCCAUAGCGUCCGUGACCCUCCAACUCGACACGGAAGUUGUUUUACGUUUCAGAGACUCGUUUACCGAUGAUGUCGGAGAUGUCAUCGAUCUCGUGGAUGAAAGGAAGUUGACGAGCGGUGGCCACUGCGAGGACGACUCGGCCUGCGUCGCUGGAGUCAUAUUGGAUCGCAUACGGAACGUCCGCGAGGCCAUGGAGAGACUCCAGCGGGGCUGGUGGGACGAGCCCUUCGUUCUUAAAGCAGCGUACAACGAUACGCAGCUGUCGGUGAAUGCGACGAUCGACGAUUUGUUCAUUGACGGGUUACGAGCGAUCAAGGCCCAUGUGUGUUUUGCGUUAUCCGACAAAGAUGUUGGAGAUGCCUGCGUGCCCAUCACCGAACAAUCUUAUGAGGUGCCACUUCUUCUAACGGUGACCGGAGCGUCCCCCGGUGCGCAUAGAGUAUACGCGUGGAUGGAGGCGGCAGGUGCUGACGACGAAUGCCGGGACUUACUGAGGAGAGAUCGCCAAACAAUAGAGUACUUCGUGCCGGCCUGGACGAACUCCUACUGGGAACCGUUCCGGAACUACACCAUCAAAAGCUAUAUAGGGUAUGACGUACGAAUCGUUCAGGGCAAGGGGACGUAUGGUAUUGAUGGCGUGCGCAUUCUAGCUUAUGGUGGAAGUGAAAAGCUUGCUGUCGGAAACUUCUCGUCGAUAGGGCCCGGAGUGUCUAUCUUACUGGGUGGCGAGCACCGCUACGGGUGGACGAGCACGUUCCCGUUCCCCGCGUUCGACCCUCGAGCCGCCGCUCUGACGCAGAAGCACGCGGUCUCGAAGGGCGACGUGGUGAUUGGUUCGGAUGUGUUCGUAGGCGCCGACGCCAAAAUCUUAUCUGGUGUGCAAAUCGGCCACGGUGCCGUCAUCGGCGCCGGUGCGGUGGUGGCGAAAAAUGUGAGGCCCUACGCCAUUGUGGUGGGCAACCCCGCGAAAGAAAUUAAGAGACGCUUCGACGACGCAACGGUGCAGAAACUCUUAGACCAGGCGUGGUGGGCCUGGGACGAUGUUGACGUCGUGGCCAACUUUGAGAAGCUCAUGGCGCCCCCUGUCUAAUG